CAAAGAUGCCAACUCUAGUAUACUUUCCAGUUAGAGGCCGAGCUGAAGCUAUGCGCACAUUGUUGACUGAUCAAAACAUAAAAUAUGAAGAAGUAAAUGCAGGACCCAGAGAAAAUUGGGUAGAAAACUGGAAACCAAAGAUGCAAUUUGGACAGUGUCCAUGUUACACAGACGAUGAUGGUUUCCAACUGGUGCAGUCUAAUGCUAUACUGGCAUAUCUUGGCAGGAAAUAUGAUCUGUAUGGUUCAGACAUUAAACAGGCAUCAAUAUUAGACAUGAUGAAUUCUGCUGUAGAAGAUCUCAGAGGAGCUUACGUUAGAAUGAUUUAUCAAAACUAUGAAGCAGGAAAAGAGCCAUUCAUUAAAGAACUACCUGAAAAAUUACAACCAUUUGAGAAUUUCCUAAAACCAACCAAGGGUUACAUUCUUGGAGAAAAGAUAUCCUGGGUAGACUACAAUUUAUUUGAUCUGUUGGACAUACUUGUCAUUCUCUCACCUGGGUGUCUUGAUGCUUUCCCAGCUGUCAAAGCUUUCUAUGAGCGAGUGUUAGCUAGACCAGGAGUCCAGAAAAGACGACAAACUGACCACUUCAAAAAUAUGCCUGUAAAUGGCAAUGGAAAACAAUAAAUCCCUAUAGAGGGAGUUGUGAACAUUCCACUUGUUUGGGAGAACAGGCUUUGUAUAUGGCAGACUUUCUUCAGCAUUUUGUAGAGGCCAGAAAAAUUAACUAUUAUAAUGAUUGAUGAAUACUGCAAUCAUGUGAAAGAGAAAUUAAAAAAUGAUUAAUUUUCUAUGUGUAGUUGACCUUUUACUUAAUUUUAAAAGUUUUUGAAGCUUGAUGAAGGUAGAUAUUUUUGCCUUCAUAAUAUUCAACAAAAAAUCAUAUACUGUGGAUUCAUUUAUUUUCGUGGGUACCAAUUUUCGUGGAUUGAAGAAAACUUGCAUAUUCGUGGAUAUUUAAAUUCGUGGUUUCGGAAAGUUUUGCUUACUUUCCUAUAGAAAAUUUGUAUUUCGUUGAACAUUUAAAUUCGUGGAUCCCCUGUUCCCACGAAAUCCACGAAAAUUGGUAUCCAACGAAUAUUAAUGAAUCCACAGUAUGAUAUAUUUUGACCAGAGGAUGUUUAUUGUACAUGCAGUCAUGGGGUAAUAUUCAGAAUAUCUAUAUAAUCAUCAUGACCAUUGGAGACUUCUAUGUAAUUAACUAAGAAAAUUAAAUUAACUGUAAUACACUCAACACACAGAACAAAGAGAUCUAAUUUAACUGUAUUCAUAGUGAGAUAUACAGUAUUGUUCAGAACAUCAGAAUUAAAAUUAUGAGAUAUCUGGA